CGGCAGCAGCUGGAGCCUCCGCCUGGCCAGGAAUUUCCUGGCCAGUUCCUCCAAGACCCGGGGUGGAGCAGGGAGAAGCAGAACGGGGUGUCCGGAGAGAGAAAACGUAACACAGACUUCCGCAGACAUCAGCCAUGACGUCCCUGAGCAUGCACACAGAUUCUCCCAGCACCCAGGGAGAAAUGGCGUUCAACCUGACCAUCCUGUCCCUCACAGAGCUCCUCAGCCUGGGCGGGCUGCUGGGCAAUGGAGUGGCCCUCUGGCUGCUCAACCAAAAUGUCUACAGGAACCCCUUCUCCAUCUAUCUCUUGGAUGUGGCCUGCGCCGACCUCAUCUUCCUCUGCUGCCACAUGGUGGCCAUCAUCCCUGAGCUGCUGCAGGACCAGCUGAACUUCCCUGAAUUUGUACAUAUCAGCCUGACCAUGCUGCGGUUCUUCUGCUACAUUGUGGGCCUGAGCCUCCUGGCGGCCAUCAGCACGGAGCAGUGCCUGGCCACUCUCUUCCCUGCCUGGUACCUGUGCCGCCGCCCACGCUACCUGACCACCUGCGUGUGUGCGCUCAUCUGGGUGCUCUGCCUGCUACUGGACCUGCUGCUGAGCGGCGCCUGCACCCAGUUCUUCGGAGCACCCAGCUAUCACCUGUGUGACAUGCUGUGGCUGGUGGUGGCAGUUCUCCUGGCUGCCCUGUGCUGCACCAUGUGUGUGACCAGCCUGCUCCUGCUGCUGCGGGUGGAGCGUGGUCCAGAGAGGCACCAGCCUCGGGGCUUCCCCACCCUGGUCCUGCUGGCCGUCCUGCUCUUCCUCUUCUGCGGCCUGCCCUUUGGCAUCUUCUGGCUGUCCAAGAACCUGUCCUGGCACACACCCCUCUACUUCUAUCAUUUCAGCUUCUUCAUGGCCAGUGUGCACAGCGCAGCCAAGCCUGCCAUCUACUUUUUCUUGGGCAGCACACCUGGCCAGAGGUUUCGGGAACCCCUCCGGCUGGUGCUCCAGCGGGCACUUGGAGAUGAGGCUGAGCUGGGAGCUGUGAGAGAGGCUUCCCAAGGGGGACUUGUGGACAUGACUGUCUAAGCACAGUGGGUCACAACUGCAGCCUCAGCCCAUGGGGGCCCAGGGAGCUGCCUGAUGUAGGUAAAGCUGGGAUCAGAGCUCCAUCAGUAAGACUCUGGAGGGACAUCUUUGCUGAUGACCCAGUGCUGUGUCCCUUGGGAGGAUUCUGGGAAGGGGCAGAGAGUGAUGCUUCUGAGGAGGGCCUGGGGUUGUAUGUGUUAGGCAGAGCUCCUGGACCACCUCAUAGCUGCUGCUUCCAUGGCCACCCUCUCUUCCCCCAUUGCUACAGUGAGGGGACAGAGCAGGUGUGAGACAGGCUAGUCCUGGUGGUGGGCAACUGUCCCUCUACCACUAGCAUCCUCCUAGCUAGAGUGUGCAGUGACUUUUCUUGGUGUCCCAUGCUCCUUCCUUUAGUGAGGGAUAAAUGACACUGAAACUGGACAUUCAGUUAGGUAUGGGGAAAUAAGUGGCUUGGAAGUCCUCAGUGGCUGAACUUGGAAGUCCUAAGUGGCAGAGGGCAUCCUCCUGACCCCACAUCACUGCCAGAAGGCAAUGCUGGCACAGGCCUGUCAUCCCAGCUACUUGAGAGACUAGGGCAGGAUUGUAGCCCCUGACUGGGAUUUAUCUGUAACUUUAGUUCCAGGGAAUCUGACUCCCUCUUUUGGCUUCUGCAGACAC